AUGGAAACGAACGUGGGUAGAAGAAAGAUGAAGGGUCAAGAUCUGCAAACGAUUUCUUCCAUCGAACUCCAAAUUCAAGAAAUCGGUCGGAGUUGUAGUUUUCGAAGGUGGCGAAUGGGGGAGAUAGAAGACAAGCAAAUAAUAGAGCGGUGGUCUUCAUCCUAUUCGAAUCCUCUUUCUUUUACGGGAGGUAGAAGGAAAAGGGGAAAGAGAAUGGGAAGAAGGAGCGGUGGGUUGGGGGUGUGGACGUGUGAGACGUUUAAGUAUGAUCGAACGAGUGGACGGGUGUGGUAUAUAACCACCGAAAAGAUCCCCAAACCUCUCGUCCGUCGUCUCCGAGUGGCGAAAUUCAUCGUCUCUGUUUUCAUCUCAUCCGGUCUGUGGACGUUGCCGCUGAAAAAACAUCUUUUUGUCAUAAUUUCUAUUUGUUGA